AUGAUGAAUAACCCUCCAAACAACUCUAUUGAUGCCAAGCAUCUCAUCAGCCGGCGAAUCUCCAGACCUUAUGAUUACUUGCGCGGCGGCAUGAGUCAUCUCCUCCGUCUGUUCACUGUCAUUUCCGGCGCCGGCGAGACGCCGGUGAUAGUUCAGAUCCAGCACGACGGCGAAGCGAAGCAGUUCUCCUUCGAAGAAAUCGUUUCCACGGUGGUGUGGAUUAUAGUCAAGGAAGCCAGAGAACCCGCCGCCGCCGCCGCUGGGUUCACUGCAGGAAACGACGUCGUUGUACUGGAGGAUUUUAUGAACGAUUCCCAACGGCAGGCGGUGGUGAACGCCGCUAAAAGUGCCGGAAUAGAUGCAGCUGCUUUGCGCUUCGUAAAUAACCCCGUAUGUGCUGCGCUCGCUUACAAUCUUGACACCGAGGCUUCGGAAAAUGGGGAAAAUGGGGAAACCCAAUUGAACGUGCUUGUCUACAAUCACGGCGGCGAUGAUCUGAGCGUAUCCUUGUUCAGUAUCGAAGAAGGCGGCGUUUUCCGUAUGAGAGCCGCCGCCAGAAACGCAAAUUUCGCCGGAGAAGAAUUCACCAAUCGGCUCUUGGAUCACCUCAUGGAGAAGUUCAACCGGAAGCACAACAAAGACCUAACCACCGCCACCGCCUCUCUCCGGCGGCUGAGGGAGGCGUGCGAGAGGGCGAAGAGGGUCCUGUCCUCGGAAACUCGAACGACAAUCGAGAUCGAUUCGUUGUACGAAGGGAUCGAUUUCUACUGUUCGAUCUCGAGGGAUGUAUUCGUGAUCCUCACUAUCGAUUUGCUCGUAAGGAGUAUGAACGCAGCCGUAGAGUGUUUGGCCUAUGCUUGUGCUUUGUCCGUCGCAGAUUGCGCCCACGUGGCGGUUCUUGUCGGAGGAACCUCGAAAAUCCCGAUGGUGCACCGACUUUUGCAAGGCUUACGCCUGGGCCCUAAAGACAUCCGCAAGAGCAUCGACCCCGUCGAGGUAAUCGGGCGUGGGGCCCACGUAUACAGAGAAGACGACGUUCAGUUCGAAAGGGUUGCGAGGAUGUGGUUUCUUGAUUUCACGCGCGAGAACAUCGGGAUCGCGACGGGAGUGGGAGAUUCGGUGGCGGUUUUGAUCCCGAAGAACACGAGCGUCCCGUUGAGGAGGGAGUGGAUUGUGACGACUCGCUCCGAUAAUCAGCCGAGUUUGCAGAUUCGGUGA